AUGGUUCUCUUAACACCACCACGAACUCCGGGUCGGGUUAUAGCCGGAUCAUCAAAGCGACUUAUGGUAAGCUUUAUUGGUUCCAUGUCUUUAUUAGCUUUAUGGUUGAAAAAAGCUGGCCGAGGAAUUAAAACCCAAAAACUUGGCGAUUCGCCUAAAUUAGCGAAGCCAAGGAAGUUCUUAGCGACGAUUAGUAACAAAGCGAUUAAUUUAAGGCAUAAGAAGAAGUCUGAAGGGGAACUUGUUGAUGAAGAUUUUGGAGAUGGAGGCCUCUGGCAGAGAGGUAUUUUGAUGGGUGAUAAAUGUCAGCCGUUGGAUUUUUCCGGUGUAAUUUAUUAUGAUCAGGAGGGACAUAGGUUGUCCGAGGUGCCCAUGAGAUCGCCAAGGUCGAGUCCUAUGCCCAGUUAUCUUUAUGCUUCGCCAAGGUCAGCUCAAGUUAAUUAG